GCAAUUGUCAGAAGCAUAUGAUCAGAUGGAGUCCCACUAUGCCAUCUAAUCCAGAGGCAGUCUGGCUUUAAGACAUGUGAUACAGUUUUUACACUCAGCCAAGCUGCACGGGAACAUUUGUCUCUCAGUGCUCGCUGAGUGAGGAGGGACUCAGCGAGAGCCGCUGCUCGGAGGCUGCCUUUCACUGGAAGGAUGCGGACGCUGGAAGAAAAGAUUCCAACACAGUUAAUUAAGGAGCGCUCCACACGUGCUUGUAAAAUGCGAGAGGGUAAAUGAAUUCAGUCCCUGGGAGCAGCUCCUCAAGGUGAAGAAUUGAAAAGCUUUAAAUUACUCUUUUUUUUUUUUUUUUUUCCUGAAACCGGCUUGACGAUUAUUUCUGAAUCACUGGACUGUUGCUAUCAAAGUGUGGAGCGGGGAGGCAGAGUCAGUGGAGUUCCCUCCUCCAGCCAAAUUCAGAAUUCCUAGAUGGGAUCAACAUAACCGGGAAAAUGGAUGGAUUUACAGAAAACUGUUGAUAUUUUUGCACACUAUUUGUUGGGUUGCACAGCAGAUGUGUCCUGUCAUGUCCUGGCUGCUCUGCCUGUGCCUCUGGGUCAGCAUAACGGCCAUCCAGCUGUGCCAGGCCACCUUCUACGACACCAUCCAGCAGCAUCCUGGGACGAGGCCCGGCCGGACCACAAUUCAUACGAUUGAGGGAGGCACGUGCGAAGUAAUAGCUGCUCACAGAUGCUGUAAUAAGAACCGAAUUGAGGAGCGGUCACAAACGGUGAAGUGCUCCUGUUUGCCCGGGAAGGUAGCUGGAACCACAAGAAAUAGACCCUCAUGUGUGGACGCAUCCAUAGUAAUUGGAAAGUGGUGGUGUGAGAUGGAGCCUUGCCUGGAGGGGGAGGAAUGCAAGACGCUUCCUGACAACUCCGGCUGGAUGUGCUAUGCCGGAAACAAGAUCAAAACCACAAGAAAUACUCAGCCAUACACAACAUCGACGUAUUAACAUUUGGUUGGAGAGGAUGCAAGGGAAUACCUCUGGUUCAAAGCACUGUCAUUGGACCAAUUAUCACAAGAGACAAUGAGCCUAUUGUUGCUUCAAGAAAUGUGAACACUUUCAACUAAAAGUGUAAAAAGAUGUAGAAUAGGUAAAGCACUUGGUUGAGGCUCCUGAAAAUACUGAUGCUUCAGGCAGCCUAAGAGGAACUUCAUCACAACCCUCUAAUGAAUCUAUUUUGAUCUUUUUUUUUUUUUUUCUUCAACUUUGACAUGGAGGACGGCUGUCUCUGCAUUUGGAAUUAUAUUUUGGGAGUGACUGCUUAGUGAGACGGAUGUCUGCGGCAAAAUACCAAAACAGGGGGAAAAGAAAUCAAAGGACAUGGAAGGAACAAGUGCAGAAGUUGACAGCCCUCAGGAUCUUUUUCUCCCUUUUUUAAUAUUGUGGAGUGUAAAAUAUUGUGCAUAAAAUGUUUGUCUUUUCCAGUGUACAUGAAAACUUCAUUUGUGCUGUUGGUAAAUCUUCCCUCUUCUUCUUACAUGCAAAACCCAAAACAGCCAAAGGUUGAUGAAACUGAGUAGAUGAUGUGAAGAUGAAACAAAUGCAUUGUGAAAGAGAUGUUUGUGUGUCUUGAGACAUUUUACCAUUAGUCUGUGGGCUACUUGUAUGCCUUUCAUCACCUCCUAAAUGGCUUUACGAAUUGAACUCGCGACCAUUUACCCUGGAACUGAUGAACCCGACAGAAAUGUGCAAUCAGUGGGUUGUUUUCAAUACUUGAAAUGCCUUAUUUAUGUUAAAUGGUUCAAAUGAUGAUUAUGUACAUAUGAAGCCAUUUAUUGAUAUGUGCUGAAUUCCAUUAAAAUUGUUGUUCCUGUAAAACAUUUUUUCACUUUCACUU